AUGUCUCUCAUUGCCAAAAAUAUAGUGAAAGCAUUGCUUUACUCCUUUUUACUCCUCGCACUCGCACAAAUAUCUCACGCCGACAAGGAGAGGAGCGAUGACAAUAAUAGUGCCAAGAUACCUGCAACUCUACUUUCAACGGCUUUGAAUUACGCGGUACAAUCUGGAUUGGGAGAAGGUGUUGUUCAAAGGGUCUAUGAUAAAAAUAUUGAUGCGCUCUAUCGAGUAGCCAAGUCCAUGUAUGCCAAUCCACGACAAAAUCAGGAUGAAGACGACAAACUGACCUCGGUUCAAAUCUUUCACGCUUUGGCGGAUGGAGAAGAACACCACAUAUUAUCAAUGAUUCAACUCGGAUUCGCGUAUGCAGAGGAAGAUAAGAGCCAAGCCAUUCAGUACUUUGUCCAAGCUGGCGAAGAUGGCCCACAUCAAGCAUCCUUAUACAACGCUGGCCGAUUGUUUGCAGAAGAGGGGGAGUUUGCGGCAGCAUUGGGGUACAUGCGAGCUGCUGUAUCAUUACCAGACUCAAAUUCCGAGUACAGCAGUGAUAAAAUGACGGAUACAGCGAAAGCAGGUUACAAUAGUCUCAAUAUCCAGCUGCAGCAAGUGGAACUUGGCUUGAAUGAGAUGGUGGCCAUAUUUCCCUAUGCGGAUUUGAAAGGCUUUCCACAAGAAGGUAGCAAAGCUGACAAGCUUUGGAACGAAGCCAUGACACUAUUCGAAUCCUUUGGAAAAAAUAAAAAGAUCUCGGAUUUGGAGGCUUGCGUGAAAAAGUUGUCGGACUUUCAAAUGCAACACGACAAGAACAUGACAGCGCUGCAAACGAGUUUACUGAGAAGAAUACUUACAACUGCGCUAGACAUCAUGAGUAAUGAAUUGUAG